ACUUGAAAAGGGUUCGAAAAUUAAAACCCUAGAAACAAUUCCUCCUUUAAUGGAAAGACAGAGAUCCGAAGAAGUGAUCAAAAAAGGGCCAUGGACAGCGGAGGAAGAUGUAGUGCUUCUAAAUUUCGUCAACAAUUAUGGUCCAAGAGAUUGGAGCUCCAUUCGAUCCAUGGGUCUCUUGCCGAGGACCGGAAAAUCUUGCCGUCUCCGGUGGGUUAACAAGCUCCGACCCAAUUUGAAAAUCGGGUGCAAGUUUUCGGCAGAGGAAGAGAGAGUGGUGAUAGAUUUGCAGGCAAGGUUUGGGAACAAGUGGGCCAGCAUAGCCUCCUAUUUGCCCGGGAGAACUGACAACGACGUGAAGAACUUUUGGAGUAGUAGGCAGAAGAGGUUGGCCAGAAUUCUGCAGUCACCUCCGAAACCGAGCAAUUCGCAGAGGAACAAAGGAAAAGCCUUGGCUGUUCCUGAAAUGGCCACUUCUCAGGCACCAGAGACAGAAGGAUCAUCUUCAAUGCAUCAUCAAUCUUGCUCCUCUUCUACCAUGGGGGACCCACAAAUGAUGAAAACGCUAAUGCCACUCCCAGAUUUGAUAACCCCAAACUUGAACAGCAUAGAUUCACUUCUACCCUCACUUGACAUCAUAAAGCCGGACCAGCAAAACCCUUCAAUUGAAACCCCAUUCCAGCUCUCCUUCACUGAUCAACUACUCCCAAACCCUAAAUCAGAACUUCCUCUGUUGCCAGAAAGCCAAGAUUCUGCCUUGGGGCUCGGUGAAGCCAACAACUUUUUGGCCUCUGAACUCGAAACUGUGCCACAUCUCGAUUUCGGGUCACCGUUUCUCGAAAAUGAGAAAAUCGCAAUCCCGGACAGCUUCUUCGAUGAAUUACCAGCUGACAUGUUUGAUUACCUUGAGCAAUAUCCAAGCCCAUCAUCAUCUUCGCUCUGAGUUGUUGCUCCGGUCAGAGAUGUUGCUCUGUUUGCUAAUUGAUGAACAACAAGAGGCUUUUUUGUUGUGUAAUAGACAUGUUAGCGACCCUGCUAUCGGAUACUGUGGAUUUUACUACUAUAUGCUCUUUUUGUUUAGUGUGGUCAGAUGGAUUUGAUCAUGUGUUGGUGGUGUAUCCCUUUUAUAGCAAAGUCAUUGUUUAGCUCAU